AUGGGGCUGUUAUUCAGCAGGAUCCAAGAUGCCUUGCGGGGUUUCUAUGGGAUGCAGGCUCGUAUCCUCCUGUUGGGCUUGGAUGCCGCCGGCAAAACAACUCUCCUCUAUCGGCUGAAACUGAACGAAACGAUAAUCACUAUCCCCACUGUGGGUUUCAACGUCGAGACGAUCCAGCCUAUCAACAACGUCACUUUCACCAUGUGGGACGUCGGUGGUCAAGGGCGGAUCAGGAUCCUUUGGAGGCACUACCACCCCAACACAGACGGGCUGGUGUUUGUGGUGGACAGCGUGGAUAGCAGUCGCUUUGCAGAGGCCCGGUCUGAGCUGGAGGACCUCCUGCAUGCCGAGCUGCUGCGUGGAGCACCCUUGUUGCUGCUGGCCAACAAGCAAGACUUGCCCGGAGCCUGGCCCCCCAUGCAGGUGGCGGAAGAGAUGGGUUUGAGGAAGCUGCAAGGAUUUCAGUGGCACGUGCAGGGCUGCUGCGCUGUGAGCGGGGAAGGUAUCCCAGAGGCCAUGACUAAGUUCGCCGAAAUGGUCAAGCAGUAUCGCAAAGCCCGGGGUAUGUAA